CUCACCUCACAACAACAACUACUCCAAUAAUUGCCUUUGCAUUAUUGAUUUUGCAAUAAAUGGCAUUUUGCCGGAGCUCUCUUCUACUGCGCAAGGCACUCGGCGGCAGCAGCCGUCGCGUGGCCGCUGCCGCCUUGUGCUCUUCGUACGGAGGCUCCGAGGGGCGGAGAUGGUACUCGGGGGAGCCGACGACGGCGGCCGGGUACCACGUGAACACGGUCCCGUCGUACAUGACGGGAUCGGUGUUUUGGGAGAAGGAUAAGCCCAUUACUUAUGAGGAUUUUGAGAUGCCACGGCCUAAGGCUAAUGAGGUUCUCAUCAAAACUAAGGCUUGCGGGGCGUGCCACUCCGAUCUGCACGUGAUCAGAGGCGACCUUAAAUUUCCGUGUCCUUGCAUCCUAGGCCAUGAGAUAACCGGCGAGGUUGUUCAACACGGUCCCCACACUGAUUCCAAUGUCAUCCAAAGAUACCCGGUCGGGUCAAAAGUGAUCGGGGCUUUCAUAAUGCCCUGCGGCACCUGCUUCUACUGCUCGAGGGGAGAGGACGACUUAUGCGAGCCCUUCUUCGCUUACAACCGAGCCAAAGGCACACUCUAUGACGGCGAAACACGCCUAUUUCUCCGAGACUCCAAGAAACCGGUGUACAUGUUCAGCAUGGGAGGCCUUGCAGAGUACUGCGUGAUGCCAGCAAACGGCCUAACUCCCCUGCCAGACACACUCCCUUACGCCGAAUCCUCUGUCUUAGGCUGUGCCGUUUUCACCGCCUAUGGCGCAGUUGCUCAUGCCGCUGAGGUCAAACCCGGCAACUCCAUCGCCGUCAUAGGAAUAGGCGGCGUCGGCUCAAGUGUUCUGCAGAUAUCAAAGGCGUUUGGCGCGACCGAGAUCAUCGCAGUGGACGUGCAAGAGGAGAAGCUGAGCACAGCCAAGACAUUCGGAGCGACACACGCCAUCAACGCGCGAAAGGAGGAUGCGAUUGCGAAGAUCAAGGAGCUGACGGACGGGAGGGGAGUGGACAUAGCGGUGGACGCGUUGGGAGGACCGAAGACGUUUCAGCAGUGCAUACAGAGUGUGAGAGGCGGCGGGAAGGCUGUGAUGAUCGGGCUGUCGCCCGGUGGGGGGUUGGGGGAGGUGGACAUCAUCCAGCUGGUUCGGAGGAAGGUGAAGGUGAUCGGGUCGUAUGGAGGGCGGGCGAAGACGGAUCUGCCGAGGCUGGUGGAGCUGGCGGAGCAGGGGGUUUUCAAUCUGGAGUCUGCUGUUACGAGGAAGUAUAAGUUUGAGGAGGCGGCCAAGGCUUUUCAGGAUCUUGAUAAGAAGACUAUCAUUGGCCGUGGCAUCAUCGAGCUCAUGUAAUUCAUUUUCACCAUAAAUAAUGAGCAUUUCCUUUGUUUUUUUUCCACAUUCAAUAAAUUGUUUUGAAGCUCUAUGGACAAUCAUUUCAAUUUUCAA